GACUUCGCAUCGCAGUGAACGGGACGUGUAUUUGGUAAUAAUGCCCUUGUUUUACAAGUAAAUGUCACUGUUUUAAAAAAUGAAAUUAGAAUUGGACCCUCAUCCAUCUUCAAUAAGUCUAAUUUAAUGUAGUAUUACAUUAGUAGUUGCUGAUGAGAGUGAGCGCAGGGCAUAGCAAUUCCAAUUGAAUUGUUGCUGCCUGUCAGAUCCGUUUGGCGAGGCGCUUGUUGUUGUGUGAAGGACGGAGAUGAUGUGCAGUCGGUAGAGUUUGAGGGACGAUGCAGUGGGCAGAACGGCAACAGAGCGGUGGUAUUAGGGUCAUGGCGGUCCAAAGCAUAUCCCAGAACCACUAGGCGCAAGGCUAGUUUAGGCCUUCAUGCUGAAAUGGAAAUAUCCACCUCAUCCUUACACAGGAAGUAAAUCAGGACUGCCUGCUUUCCUCUCUUGUUCUUUUCACAUUGACAACCAUGGAUGCCCCACUGGGGGAGGAGUCAAGCUCCGGUGCAGUGGCACCUGGCUCUGCCCCCAGUCCACAGAGUGAAGCGGUGACCAAUGAGCUGCAGGAGUUGUCGCUACAGCCUACCUCAAACCUGCUGCCGCUGCAGGAAAGAAAGAAUGUUCUGCAGCUCAAGCUUCAGCAGAGACGGACCCGUGAGGAACUGGUCAGCCAAGGGAUCAUGCCACCUCUGAAAACUCCAGCUGCCUUUCAUGAACAGAGGAAAAGUCUGGAACGAGCACGGACUGAAGACUAUUUGAAGAGGAAGAUCAGGAAUCGACCAGAGAGGUCAGAGUUGGUGAGGAUGCACAUUCUGGAGGAGACAUCAGCUGAACCAGCUCUACAGGCCCGGCAGCUGCAGUUGAAGAGAGCACGCCUGGCCGAUGACCUCAAUGACAAGAUUUCCCAGCGGCCUGGGCCCAUGGAGCUUAUCCACAAGAACAUCCUGCCCAUACACAGCAGCCUAAAGCAGGCACUGCUGGAGUUGCCAAAGGGCACUGGGGAGAACUCUUCGUUUGAUGAGGACAGCAGUGAUGCCCUCUCCCCAGACCAGCCAACUAAUCAGGACUCACCCCUUGGCUCUGCCCCCGUGCCCUCGCCACCGGACACGCUAGGCAAAAGCAGCGACCCUUCCCCAACACAGUUUCUCUGUCAGGCCCCUCCUCCACCGCCCCUUCCCCUCGCACCAGUACCCUCCGUGCCACAGAAAUUGACAAACGGGACAGCAGCUGUGGCAGUCACCAAGACAACACCUUCGCUCCUCAAGUUGUCUCAGUCCAAGAUCAGCUCAGACCGGUCCACGCAGCGCUCCAAGAAGCCCAAGGACAGCAAGCCCAAAGUGAAGAAGCUCAAGUACCACCAGUACAUCCCCCCUGACCAGAAGACCGAGCGUGAGCCACCCCCACAGCUGGACUCCAGCUAUGCCAAAAUCCUGCACCAGCAGCAGCUUUUUCUGCAGCUCCAGAUCAUCAACCAGCAGCAGCAACACUACAACUAUCACACCAUUCUGCCUGCACCACCCAAGCCUCCGGCAGAUCAACAGUCAUCCUCGACCACAGGCCCCUCACCAUCUAGAGGUGGAUCCACUUCAACUUUAGCAGCCUCCAGUCAGAAUGGGCCAAACCGCCAGAUUCAUCCUCCUGUGCCAUUACCCAUACUAGGACCCCUGCCCUCUAAUCUGGAUGACUUCAAGGUGGCGGAGUUGAAACAUGAGCUCAAAAUUCGGGGCCUGCCUGUGUCAGGUACAAAGAAUGACCUUCUCGAGAGACUGAGGAACUUUCAGGAGCAAAAUGCAGGGGCAGUAACUGCUGGGGCUACACCCAAAAGCAGUCCACCACUGCAGUUAGCCCAGCCUGUUGGCCCCCCUCAUGUUUUGGGAGGAACGACCCUCCUGCACAAACCUGGAGAAGGGGGUGUGGUGGUGGCCGCCUUCCCAUUUGUGGCCACAGUUGGGGGAGGCGGUGCACAGACCGCAGCACCAUCUGCUGUCGUGCAGUUCAGCAGCACAGGCUCCUCCCCACCCAUCUCCCCCACCCCAUCGGAGCGUUCAUUUGCUGGAAUGAGUGCAGAUGAAGCAAGUUGCAAUGGAGAUUUGUUUGGAGAGGCGGUCAGCUCCUCUCUCACACAACUAAGCCUCUAUCCUUCCCCACAGCAGCACUCUGUCGUCAAAGAGGAGACCACUGGAUUGACUCCAUCGUGCCGUUUUUCCCAGCGUGCCUUGCAGUCCACAGAUACCUUAGACAAAGAUCAAAUGUUGCAGGAGAAAGACAAGCAGAUUGAGGAGCUGAUGCGCAUGCUGCGGCAGAAGCAGAGACUUGUGGAAACACUCCGCUCCCAGUUGGAGCAAGGCAAACGGGAAGGGCUAGAUGUCCCAGAGGUGCUCUCUGUGAAGGUCAAAGAGGAGCCUUUGGAAAGUGCUGGUGAAUCCUCCUGCUGCUCUUACUGCCCCAUUUCUCCUGACCUUGCUGAGAAAGAAGCCAUCAAGGUGAUCAUCAAAGAGGAGACUGAAGAGGAGCCUGAGGAGAUGGUGCCAGAACUGAUCCAUUUUGAGCAUUCAGUGGAUCUGCUGCAAGCGCAACAGCCAGUAGAAAUGCCACAGGUUCAGUUAUCACAGACACAGCAGCCAGUGGAACUGCCCAUGGAACUGCCACUACAUCAGGUAUCACAAACGCAGCGGACAGUAGAGCUGCCGCAGCAUCAGCCGCCGCCAACACAGCAACAAAUGGAACUUUCACAUCAUCAGCUGGAGCAUCUAAGACAGCAGCAGCAGCAAAAGUCUGGGAUACAGCUGUUACAGGAACAGCCAGUACAGUUGCAGCAAUUGCAGGGGAUGCUUUUGCAACACAAUUGCCAGAAGGGCUCAGCACAGCAGCAGCAGCAGCCGCCACAGAAGAAGAAGAAGAAAUCCCAGAGACAGCAGCAGAAACAAGAAGUUCAGCCCCAGCAGAAGCAACAGCAACAGGUGUCCCCUGUGUUUAUCACUCAGCAGCAGAGUACCUCGGCCCCCGCUUCCUCAUUUUCAUUGGACCUUCUCAAGGCCCAACCCACACCAGCACUGCUGACCGACAGCAAUGGCAAUCACUUCCUAGUGGCGCUUAGCAGCCACAGUGAAGAGGUGCAGGACAGUGCGACACCGCAGGGGAGAGCAACCAGGAAUGUAAAGCUGCAGAGAGCACAGUCUACCCCUUCAAAGGCCCUUAGCCGUUCGCCUCCUCAGCAGGCCAGCAGCGAUCCACAGUCCAUGCCACGUUUACCCCAAGGCAGCACACUACCGAAGAAGGAACAAAAAGCAAAGCUGCAGGUAUCUACCAGCCAUUUAGAGGCAAGCAAAUCUCUCUCUGCCCCACCCAACCUUGAGCCUUUCUUUGCCAGCGAUGAGCCCUCCACCUCUGAAAACUCUGGCUCUUCAUCCCCCACCCACUCGUCGGCAGCGUGUCUCGGUCUUGACCAGCACACUUUAUUUAAAGCCCCAUCUCCAGUCACCAAAGAAGUCCCUCCAACCCUUCAGCAAGACAAGGAUAAUGGGUCCAAUCAACAUAUGGAUGAUCUGUUUGACAUCCUAAUCCAGAGUGGAGAAAUCUCAGCCAACUUUAAAGCAGAUCCUGAAGCCUCUGGCCUCCGGCCCAACACUCCACUCCCUUCUCCAAGCGACUCUCCACUCCAUUUCUCGCCACCCGCAGCUCCAGAGCCUGUGCCUUCCCAGCAGCCCUCGGGAUCUGAUUCUCAGCUGCCUGACUCUGCGGAACAGGAAGUUUCCAGCACAGGCAGCGGCCGCCUGGAAGACUUCCUAGAGAGCACCACGGGGAAACCGUUGCUGGGGGUUGAGCCGGGUGCACCGGUGACUCUGAUAGAUGACCUUCACAGUCAAAUGCUGAGCACUUCCAGCAUUCUGGACCACCCUCCCUCUCCCAUGGACACAUGUGAGCUCACGUUCACCUCCCAACCACCUGUGCUGGAUUUUGGAGACCCAGCCUUGGAUGGCAUGGAAUGGCUAGACAUCACCAUGGGAAAUGGGGGUAGUGGGCUACCAGCCAUGCCUACGGGGAGCUCCCAUACCACCACCAGUGUCUUCUCAACAGACUUCUUGGAUGGGUCAGACCUUCACCUCCACUGGGACUCCUGCUUGUAGCUCCUGCUGACAAAAAGUGCAGGCAGUCACAAUAUAGCACACAGCUUGUCCUUCUCUCUCAGCAACACACCCUCCCUGUGACCUCUGCUUACCCUCAUAUACAUACAUACACAUAUAUAUAUACACACAUACAGUAUAUAUACACACACAGAAAUUCAUUUCCUGUUUUAACACACAUCCGACUGAAUCUGGAAAUAUCCACUUUGCACAGCUCUGCAGAGGGCUGCUGCAUGUUACUGCACCCUGCUGUCUCCCUCUGUGUACAACACUGAAUUUGAGCCUUCCCUUGAUCUUAUACUUCACUAUUUUGUGCUGUACUGUAUCAGUACCGUGUCAACAACAAUUAGCUUUUUUAAACAAUCUCUUUAUCGUACCAUGUU